GGGAAAUGCAGUUACUUUGGACCAAGAUUUUUUUUUUUGUGUGAAUAAGACAAUCCUCAUAUAUCACCCAGAGAGGGGAAAGAAAAAAGAUAAUAGUGGACUGGAAAACUUGGGAUUUAUUAAACGGGUAGAAGGAACCAUAUCAAGCAUUCUUUUGCAUCUGGGGUAAACUACUGAGUUUUUCAUUAUGUCUGAUGGGGACUACGAUUAUCUCAUCAAGUUUUUAGCCUUGGGUGACUCUGGAGUUGGGAAGACCAGCUUACUUUACCAGUACACAGAUGGCAAAUUUAACUCCAAAUUUAUCACCACAGUGGGCAUUGACUUCAGGGAAAAGAGAGUGGUAUACAGGGCCAACAGGCCAGACGGAGCAGUUGGCAGAGGCCAGAGAAUCCACUUGCAGUUAUGGGACACAGCAGGGCAAGAGAGGUUUCGUAGCCUGACAACUGCAUUCUUCAGAGACGCGAUGGGUUUUCUUCUCCUUUUUGAUCUGACCAAUGAGCAAAGUUUUCUCAAUGUCCGAAACUGGUUAAGCCAACUCCAAAUGCAUGCAUAUUGUGAAAGCCCAGAUGUGGUGCUCUGCGGUAAUAAAAGUGACCUGGAAGACCAGAGAGUAGUAAAAGAAGAGGAAGCCAGGGAACUUGCUGAAAAAUAUGGAAUCCCCUACUUUGAAACCAGUGCUGCCAAUGGCACCAACAUAAGCAAGGCAAUUGAAAUGCUCCUGGACCUGAUAAUGAAAAGAAUGGAACGGUGCGUGGACAAGUCCUGGAUCCCUGAAGGAGUUGUUCGGUCCAAUGGCCACAGCUCCACUGAGCAUUUAAAUGAACACAAAGAAAAAGGUGGAUGUGGCUGCUAAAAAGUAAAGUGAACUGAGUCAAGUAACCUGUGUAUUUUUAUAUAAUUUUAAAAAAUAGUUUCUAUGUGGUACAGUUGCAGCUGAAUGGAUCUCCAUCAGGAAUUACGAGACCAGAAAAUAGUAUUUCCUAACUGAUUUAACUGAGUGCUGCUGGGUAAUUAAAAAAAAAAUUCAGCCUGGGAUUUAACUGAAACACGUAUUUAUCAUGCUUAUUCCAUGAUAGUCAUUCAUUCAGGGAUCCAGCAUUUUGCAGCAGUAACAGUCUGUAAAAUUACAUGUGUUACUGUUAGAUCCAAUAAUACAGUCGUGGAAUUUAUAGCUAGAAGAAACUCUCAGAGAUCUUCCAGCUCUGAAAUUUUUUUUUUUCAUGGCUACUUACAGGUACUUGGUGUAGGGACACUGAGUAUCUCCUGUCUGGUGGCAUUAUAAGCAACUAAAAAAAUUAUUUAGGGAAUUCUUGAGACUGUAUUUAUAAAACAAAAACCAAAACCAAGUAUUCUACUGUAUGUAAGCUGAAGUUGUAAAGCUGAUUUUUCAGAAUCUCCAAUUGUACCAUAUAAGCAACUAAAAAAAUUAUUUAGGGAAUUCUUGAGACUGUAUUUAUAAAACAAAAACCAAAACCAAGUAUUCUACUGUAUGUAAGCUGAAGUUGUGAAGCUGAUUUUUCAGAAUCUCCAAUUGUACCAUUAUGAAAUUAUAAAAUACCAUCUAUGCCACUUGAAUGAUAAAUUAGAAGGCACACACAUAUACAUACACACACGUCCAGUUAGUUUCAAAUGUAAGGGGGACAGUGAUCUGGAGAUGAUUAUAGAAAUGCAGGGCAAAACUUGCUGUACCUUUGACCUCUCCAGUAUUGUUCAGUGAUGUUAUGGGGUAAUUUGUGUAACCUUAGCUCUGCUGUGAUGGGAGCUGGAAGUAAUUUACUUAUCCUCACCUUAAGCAAACAGUAAGUGGGUCUGAGCUAGUUCUGCUGAAAGGGAAGCAAAGGAGAGAUUUUUUGGAAUUUUACCCCGAUUCCCACCCACAAUGAAACCCAGGUUGCUGUCCACUUUACAUAUGACUUCCAUAUGUCUUAGUAGGAAUAUGUGCUAGGCUGUGUGACUGUGGAUUAAAUGGACCAAGAUCCCAAAGCCAUUUAUUUUAAUAUUUUGGGUAUUGUCUCAAUGUUAUAUGAGCAGUAAAAUUGGUGCUUCUGACUUUUCAUUGUGUCUCCACCAUAGAGAAUACAGCAUAAUUGUAUUUUUGGGCCUAAUUCACUUUGGUGGACUCAGUUAUGUUUGGCCAGCAAAUUUUGUGUUUUAUCAUAGCUGGUGCUUUGCACUGAAAUUAUUUGUAAACAAGAAAACAUGUUGAACAAUUUCUUUCAAAUUUAAGUUAAAUUCCUAACAUUGGUCUGGCUGCCAAGUGGUUAUGCCUUAAAUGAGUUAAUUUUAAGCCUGUAAACCAAGUAAUCUUCCAUUUAAACCCUGGGCAGUAAGUAGCUGACGUUUGCAAAAUUCUUUCUUAUUUCUUUACUAGAAGAAUCAAAGGAGUUAGUAUUGAUUUUACUAUUUUAGUAGAAGGCAUAUUUUUUUUUUGCUGCUUUUAAAUUCUCAUUUUAUUUCCAAUUCAGUAUAAAAAUGAUAGUAAGUAUUUAUUUUGCAGUCUUUUUUGCCAGUGUCACCAUGCACUGUGCAUCUGGACAUGUAACUCCAAUACCUUGCCAAAGUGUCUUUAUACCAAAUUUAAGGUGGUUUGCAGGUUCUUUUUAGGCAUUUUCAUAGCUAUUUGUUUACAAAAAUCAAAAUCAUUUCUUUCAGGAGAAUAUUUAUUAAAAAUUUCAAUAAAGAAAUGUAAACUCCUUAGAAAAUCUAGUGGCCAGCUAGUCUGUGAUAAUAUUUAAUAUAUUUUUAGAUUAAAAAUAAAAUGUAUUGCAUAGAUCAUAUAAUGUUUGGUUAAAAUUGAGAAAAUGAAAUUAUGAAAAAAUAAUUACUUUUACAGAAUAACUUUCUGAUGAAUUUUUAAAUGCAGUAAAGUAUAGGGCUUGCCUCCUGCCUCUUGCUUUCUAAAAUAUGGUGUACUUUUCCCCCCUGCUAUAAGUAAUAUACAAAUACUAAAUUUUUAUUCUGAUUUGCACCUGAAAUGUCUGAGAGAACUUCUUUCAGAAGUGGACAGUGGUAAAGGCUUGUGCAUAUACUGUAUUUUGUAUUGUUAUAAUGUGCAAUUCCAAGGAAUAGAUCCUGAAAUCACUGGAUCAAGUUCAAGUUUACUAAGUAGUGCUUUCUGAAGGUGCUACGAUAGAGUAAAUGAUGUUAGUAUAAACCAGAAUGUGUACUGUAAGAUAAUUUGUAAAUUUUAAAAUAGAUAUAUACACAUGCUACACUUGUAUGUUGUGUAUGUAACCUGCUGAUAUAUGUCUGGGAUUGAUUCAUCUCUCAAGGCAGGUUAUAUGUGGUCAUACAUGAAUAUUUAAUUUUAAAGAACUACAUGCAUAAUUAGCUGCCCACUCCAUUAACCUUAAAGGAAAGCUAAAGUUUAAAUCUCAUGCCAUUCUUUCAAAAGUGUUAUAUGCCCACACAAGAGCCAAGUUUAGCUACUGAAAUAAAUGAUGUCCAUUUUCUUGGGGAGUCAUUUGUUUAGGUUUGAUAUCAAAGUGCCAUAUUUUUGUCCUACAACAUAUUUUUCUAUUUAUAGUCUUACGUAAAGAGUAAAAUGUAUCUUUAAUGAAACAGCUUUAACCUUGUGUCACUUAUACAUAUUAUGCAUAAUUAAAAAAGGUCUAUCAAGUUUGUA